AUGCCCAUGUCAUUAGCCGAACAAUUAAGAUUUGAUGACUUGGCUCGAAUGAUGAGUACAUACAAAAUGCAGGCGGCUGUCAGUAUGGAAGAGCAACAAGAAGCCACCGACAGCAUCAUACAGGGAAUGGAGAGAGACAGUUUAAGCUCGUUUAAACAUAGUGAUGCGGAUAUAAGCCAAGAUUCAACAUCAUGUGAGGAUAGUUCAUCAGCGAUCAUCAAUUUGAAGGCUAAUUUAAAUAGUUCUAAUCAACAAUCGAACUUGAAAAAUCUGGAAAUGCGGAGCUGGAGUGACGAGAUGAAUCAAAUGCUUACUGCAUUCGAAUACCAAGCGAAAAUUUCUCUGGGCAAUAUCAAACGCAAUGGUCUAUCACUCAAUGCUGAUUUCAAGCAGUAUUUCUUGCGUGUUUCGUAUGAUCGGAUUAAGAAUACGUACGAUGAAUUCGAAAUCAGUUCAAUAUUCGAGGAUGUAAGCACGUCAACAACCGACGAAUAUCUGAAUUUAUUUCAUACCCCAAGGUAUGACAUAAACAAUACACAACAAACCACCAAUGAGCCAUUUGAAAUCAUUGACACGAGUGACGAAGAGGAUGAAGCACCGAAAAUAAAACGUGCCAUUCGAUACGAUGGCCAUGGCAUAUCAAAAGAAUUAAACGAUUAUGGUCAAUUGGACGACAAUGGAAGUUACACCGAAAUGUCGGACAUGAAAUCAAACGUGUUUGACUAUCAAGGAGAUGUUUCAAAUAACAGAGGUGAAUAUCGCAUUCCAAAUGAAAUAGACAACGCAAUGAAGGCGGAGGAAAUGGAACGGGACGAUGGCAUUCCGAUAGUUGGCGUCACUAUGAACACAAUGGGUCAGAACACAUCAACUUUGAAUUUGAGCAAUAAAUCAAACAACGUCGGUGGUGCCAAAAGAAACAGCAUGACAGGAAGAUCAAAUGGACGUCCAAACGAACGAACUGAAUCAUUGCGACGUAAAAACUCAAUUUCAUCAAACCAAAUGGGAACGAAGAAGCGAUUCCAGUGCAACCUUUGUGAAUAUUCCAGCAAUCAAAAGGGAAACCUCAAUGUUCACAUGCGUACUCACACCGGUGAGAAACCGUAUCGAUGUGAUAAUUGUCACAAAGAAUUCACAAGAAUGGAACAUUUGAAAAAGCACAAAUCAUCUCACAUAAAUGAAUUUCCGUUCCAUUGCCGAAGUUGUUUCACUGGAUUUUCCCAGAAGGCUGAUCAACAAGCACAUGAAAAAGUCUAA